AGAACCUCUCAUGACAGACCUCCACCAAGUUCUCUGUGUAGUGCCAUGGCCAGGCUGGCCGCCUCUCAGCUGGCCCAGAUAUUUGCAUCAACUGAGACAGAAAAAGUUAUCUCCCUGCUCAAUACAUUUUCUAGUCAUUUAUCCAGUGGACCAAAGCCUCUAGACUCGCCUGUCAUGGCUCUGUGUAACAGUCUAGCACUGGGGAGUUUGUUGGGGAGAUUGUUUGAGGAACAUUUCUCUGAGAUGACUGGAAGCAAAGGCAUGUUGGCUGUGUGGAAAUCACUAGCAGCACUAGAGGAAAUUGUGCUUGAUGCCACGGCAGAGAACAGAACUGGGUGUGUUCUAGGGCUGGCGCUGGCCAUCUGUGGACUUUGUGCUGAAGGAAAAAUUGAGUCCAAAGUUCAUGCUAAAAAUAUUCUGGAGAAGUUGGAGCCUGUUUGGCUGAAGACAGCAGUGGAUGAUGCCACCUAUGCGGAUUUCCUUCACCUGCCCACUUUCUCCUUCCCCUGGGGAUUCCAGUCUAAAGCUUUCCUCACGAUAUUAUCCUCUCCCCUGCUCAGGCCACUUAGCUUUGCUGUGAGCAGCAUUGCCAGCUCUUUGUGUGCCUGUAACAGCUACACUGAGGAGUCAGCUGUCAAGAUUGUACACAAGUUGCAGCAGGCACAUCAAGAAAAUCCUCAAAACUCUGGUAUCUGUCUAGCCCUGGGUUUGAUGAUGUACACACUGUGUAAGUUGGGCAUGUUGUCAGCUGUACAGCCUAGAAGAGAUGCCAUCACAGCCUGGGUGAAAGAUGUCUCUGAUCAGGCAUUAGCGCCCCUAGAAAAAGUGGCCAAACUUACUGGCUUGUUAGCUAGCAUCGGAUCUGAGCAGUCUUUCAUUACUGUUCAAGGUGUUUCCCUGCUACAGAGUAAUGAUGUCAGUGUGAAAGAAGUGACUAACCAAGUGACUAAAAUAGUCAGUGAACACAGUGAUCUUGGUAUCCAGAGUGUUGGAGCGUGGAUGUUGGGGCAUCUACAUUUGUCUGCUAGCAGCCUGGGAGAAAGUAAAUCUUCAGUGCCAACAAGCUACAGCUACCUGCCAGAUUGGAGUGUCAUAAGGGCUCUCUUUGACUUCCUGGUAGAAGCUGGAAGAUCUGUACCAGACAACUGCCUGAUCCAGCAAGUUGAGGCUGCUUUACAGGCCAUCAAAGUUCAAAGUUCACUUCCUGCUGUCAACUGGGCCGCCAUGUUGACACCUUUUAUGAGAAUUAAUUAUGGAGAAGAAGUGAAAAUUUUAAGUCUUCAAGUUGCUGUAAGACAGAUGCAAUCAUCCCCUAAUGCUGCUUUGUUUAUGAGCUCUUGGUUAGCUCCCUCUUUCUUCUCCUCAUUACAGCCCCCCACAAAAGCUGCAGUCCAUGUGUGCCUGCCAGACCUGAUUAAAACAGUUUCCCCGUCUGUGCUCAAACUUCACCUAGAGAGAAACUGUUUGCCUGCCUUCAUUGACAACCAAGACAGGCUGGUCAGAUUGGCUCUUCUCAAAGGACUGAAGAAAGCUCUGGCAGUGUUAAACCCACCCCAGGCAGUGACGCUGAUUCUGUAUGAGUUUACUGCCCAGCUGUAUGUUCUACUGCCCAAUGAAUUUGAUGUUCCAAUCCUAAAUUUAAUGUCUGAAUGUCUGUCUGAGGUGCCUGAUGAGGUCAUGGAUUCUAUCAUUGUGGCAGACUUUGCUGAUGCCUCCUCACAGGUCAAAGGUUCAUUUGUCAGGUGCCAUUUAGUGGCCACUGGCAGGCAGUCUCUGUCUUUGUUGAACCACAUGAUAGACGCAUCCUUCAACACAGACUACUGGGACCAGGGAUUUGGUAUGUUGCUGCUGACCCAUUGUCUGGUCAACUUCUCUAAACACAAGGGAGAAUAUUCUAGACUACAGACUCGUGAACAGUGGUUUCUGGAACUUUUGGGCCACACUCGGACAGUGGUCACUGGCGCCAUGCCACUAGCAGAAACAGCUCCACCCAUGCAGACGGUCAUCAACUACAUAGGGACUAUAGUAACAUCAGCUGCCCUAUCUCUGACCUACCCACACUACCACAUGCUGGAACUGUGGGGAGUGUGUACUGACCUGUUUGAAUCGUGUGUGGACAACCUUGUGUGUACACCAGAUGUACACACACAGCAGGGGGAGAAAGAGAAAUCUGUACCAGCGCUGGGCACUUUGUAUUGUAACAUGGUCAAGUUUCUGCCUGCUGUCAUCAGUGUUGUGGCCAGUAAGCCUUGGGAUGGUACAGCUUCAAAGGUUCUGGAUUGGUGCCUGACACUGUUGAAACAAAAAGAUAUCACUGCUGAUGACAAGUCUUCUAUAUAUGCUUCCCUUCUCAUAUUACGUCAUUGCCAGGAGUUUAGACCUGCCUCACUGUGGACAACAGCUGUGUUACUGCAUGUGUAACAUGGUGUGGUCUUUACUGUCGUAAAGUUUAGGAAUAAAUGUGUAGAAAACUUUUAGUGGGACUUGGUUACUGCUUUUAUUUUUUUUUAGUUUAAACUCAACAUUUAAUUGUUUUAAUUUUAGUAAUGUGAGUUGUUCAAAACAAGCAGAUAAGGACAAAAAAUUGACACACUUAGUUUUAAGAAAAUCAUCAUAAAAUUGUAUUAAACCUUUAAUGUACAAAUUGAAAAUAAAUAAACUACAAGAGACACAUAAUGGUUUAUUUUUGAUUUAUGACUUUAUAGAAGGACUUUAGAAAAUGUAGGCUACAAUACUCUUAAUUAUUGCUCAUAUUACUGGAAGAUUAAAUAAUUCUUUUGUGAAUUGUUGAUUA